AAUGUGUGCUGCGGCCGCCAUUUUGCUGGAAGGGGAGGUGCGUUUUACUUUCUGGCUCCGUUACCUAUCCCGGCGGUAUCGCGGCUCUCAGCGUCCUCCGACCUCUGAGCCUUCCCCAACCGAGGGGACUUCUCCUUUUGCGCUCUGAUUCCAGGACCUUCUCCACGACUAAGCCAUUCUCCCUGCCAGGUGUCCUUUUGAUCUCCUGACCUCUGAUUCAAAGGUCAGCUCCAAGGUUCCGAACUCGGGCCUGGGAUGUGAGGGGUUACAGAGCCAAAAUUCCCUAGUCUUUAGCCCUGGACCCCCCAAAACCCCACCCUUUAGGCACCCCACCCCAGAUCCGAGCAUUCAUUUUCCCAAAAUUGACUCCGGAGUUUUACAAACCUUUCCUGGGUUAUACAGUAACCCUUAACUAAAUCCCCCUUCUUGAGCCUUGCAAUCCAGCCCCAAACCACAAAUGUAGUUCCGGAUAAAGGACCCGCCCUGUUAACCCCCUGCUUCCAUGGUUCCAAAUAUCAGUCCUGGUCCUUUCAGGCCCACUGCUCAGCACACAAGUUCUGGAACUCCGCGCUAAAACCUUCAGAACGUCCAUCCCUGUGACUAACUCAUUUUAGAGCAUCCAUCCCGCCCCGAUUCUUGACCUUCCAGCACUUGCAUGCCAUAGACCCCAAAAUGAUUUCUCCGUGCUCUCCUCCGAUCGAGCCCCCAGCCCCUCCACAAACCCCUGUUCCCCAAGCCCCCAUCACUCCACUUCCUCUACCCCCAAAUGUCCCCAAUUUAGCUUUUCCAUCCCCUUCAAGUCUCCAGGCCCCUAUCCCCCCACCUCCACCCCCUGUGAGGGCACUGGCUCCCCCUCACGUCUUCGGCCUAGAGAAGAGUCAGCUCCUGAAGGAGGCCUUAGAGAAGGCCAGGCCAGUCCCCAGGAGCAGAGAUGACGUGAAGAGGCUCCUGAAGCUGCACAAGGACCGGUGCGGGCUGGUGGCCUUGUGGAUGGCAGGCACACUGCUGGCACCACCCAGUGGCAUCCCCCUGGAGAGACUUGUGCAGAUGGCCGUGGAGAGAGGCUACACGGCCCAGGGAGAGAUGUUCUCCGUGGCCGACAUGGGCAAGCUGGCCUGGGAGGCACUGGGCUGCCAGGCUGAGCAGCUCCACGGUGGCCUGGGCGGUCCCAACAGAGCCCGUGUCCUGCAGCACCUUGUCUCCGGACAUCCCAUGCUCAUCCCCUACGACGAGGACUUCAACCACGAGCCGUGUCAGAGGAAGGGCCACAAGGCCCACUGGGCAGUGAGCACAGGGGUCCUGCUGGGUGUGCGGGCCGUGCCAGGCCUCGGCUACUCUGAGGACCCCGAGCUGCCAGGUCUGUUCCACCCAGUGCCCAGCAUGCCCCGCCAGCCACCAGCCCUGCCAGAGGAAGGCUCCCCAGGAGCCAUCUACCUCCUCUCCAAGCAGGGCAAGAGUUGGCAUUACCAGCUGUGGGACUACGACCAGGUCCGGGACAGCAACCUACAGCUGACGGACUUCUCGCCGUCACGGGCCGCCGACGGCCGGGCGUACGUGGUGCCUGCAGGCGGGGUGCGGGCCGGCCUCUGUGGCCAGGCCCUGCUCCUCAGACCGGGGGACUCCAGCCACUAGCCCGCUGCAGCCCUGAGGCUGGCUGACAGGGCCGCGGCCACAGCUGGGCUCUGUCACCAUGUGAAGAGUGCUCCGGUUUCUCCCUUUGCAAGAGCCCACCAAGUGUGGGCUCCGUUCCCAAGGACCUCCAGCCAGAGAUCCUCCACGCGGAGGCCCCCUCCCACCCGUCCGUCCGGUCCCAAUCCCCUUCUCCCACGCCCGCCCCCCCAGUAUUGGGCUCCUGAUGUGUGGCUGGGGUUCAAGCCGGGAGCCAACCAGACAAGCUCCCUCUCCAGGGAAGAGACUUGGCCACAGCUCGGCCCACAGGUCCUGCCUGUCUGCCUCACCUCAGUGUUGCAUCCAGCCAUUUCUCACUGGUGACCAGCCUCUUCUAAAGGACCCGCCUCUCUCUGGACACCUGCAGGAGCCUCACCAGACCCCUUGCUGCCCCCCAGCGUCUGUUCCCACGGAGCCUAGGAAGCCUUGCCUUUCAAAAUGCAAACCGGGGCUUAACCACUCGCCUCCAGAGAAGCUUCCAGCAGCUCCUAGUUGCUCACAGGAUAGGGAUUAAACUCUCCCAGCCCCAGCUCAUCAUGCUUUCUGCCGCUAGCCACACUGGCCUUCCAGGUCGCUAGAGUGCCCUAUUCCCCUGCACCCAACCCUCUGCCAAGGAUAACUACUUAAUUCUCUAUUUUGGCUCAUCUUCCUCAGGAAGACUCCCUAGCCCCAGGCGCGGCCCCUCCCCCACCUCUUGUUCUGAUUUAGAACCGAACGUGCUUCUAUGUGCCAACCCCUUUGCUCAUUUUAACUCAUCGAAUUCUCCAACCCCGUAAGGAAGGGACUAGAUUUUCCUCCAUUUUACAGAUGGAGAGACUGAGGCCUGGAGAAGUGUGGUGACGGGCCUGAGGUCACAUGGCUGGCAAGUGGCAGGGCCAGGAUUCAAACCUGGCAGUUAGUAGCUAUACAGAUGUGGGUGGAGAAAGAGGUUAUUGAUUGAAUGAGGACCUGUUGCUUCUACUCUGAAAGGGAGGAACAGGUCCGUCUUGGUCACCUGUGUACCCAGUGCCGGGCAAAGGGUCUUAUUUAGAGAUGCUGUACAGUGUGGUGUCCCCCCCCCCGCCCAAAGAGGAGCACCCCCGCCCUGGCCCCUCUGCACCAGAGCACCCCAGCCCUGACACCCUGGUUGGUGCUGUCUGGCGCACUGUCCUGGGAGGCCCUGAGGGUGCAGCUGGGAGCUGUCUGGGUCACUAGUCUGUUCCCCACGUCAUCCAACACGGAGCCAGGCACAAGAGCAGUUGCUGGGUGGAUGCUGACUGGAUGAACCGGCUUGCUCUGCAUCCCAAACCACUCAGGAUCCCAUGCCCCCACCUGGCACUAAUGGUGAAACUGGGAGCUUUGAGCCCACACACCCCAGACAUAAAAGAAAAAAGUCCAUAAAGUUGA